UCGUGACUCCUGUUGGUGAAGCAGCAGUCUUCCUGGCUCACAGCACGGCUUGCCUCUAUCGAGAUUGACACCCCGACAAAAGGGCCGGGAACGUUACUUCAGAAAAAGGGCGGAUAAGCCAAAUAGGAACGCGCGCCCACACACACACACACACAGAAGUGCGUACACGUAUAUAUAUAAGCAUGGAUACCACCUGAGGGCAGAGUUAAAGCUACGUUUACGGAGCAAAACAGAGGCUCUGCUGCACACAGACGCUCCAGCCACCAUGAAGACGGUGAGCGUGUUGCUGCUGUUUGCCCUGGCCCUUUGCUGCAUCCCAGAUACUGAUGCAUCGCAGGACUACUGCAGGGGCUACGUGGUUCCCAGGCCUGUCUGUACCAUGGAGUACAUCCCACACUGCGGGUCUGAUGGCGUAACAUACGCCAACAAAUGCUUAUUCUGCAAUGCUUUCCUGAGAAGCCGACGGACUCUUCGCUUGAAAUCUCUUCGAGAGUGUUAACUUCUCAACAGGCUUCAGCUCGGAAAGAGGAAUCCUCCCUGGCGAUGUUCCCCAUGGCAGAUGCUCCCCUAAGGCCUUGUCCUGAACCUUGAAAGCUCAUGAUGAAUGUUGAAACCUCUGCUUAAUAAAAAAAAGCCAUCAGCA